UGGGAUCAGCUGUCUGGGCUCCUGUGUUUUGGCAGCCCAGGCUUAGGAAGUGUUUGGGUUCUAUUUAGGGAAACGCGGGUUUCGAGUGGGGUGGAUCUGGACACCAGGAGAAGGGGCGGGUGCAGGGGACAAGGCUGCAUUUGGAAAGCUGUAGCAGCAGAAAGAUUGGAGGCAGGAGUGGGGGGAUAAGAUCAUGGAAAUCAAGUGGCAGGCAGAUUCUGGGGAGGAGGGUUUUCUGCAGGACUUCUGAGUUUCUGCAGAGACGGAUGGCAGCAGAGGGGUCAGGCAUGGGGGCACCCCUGCAAAACCCUGCAAGAAGAGGCCAGAAACAAGCCAGCCGGGGGAGACGCAGAGACCAGGAUGCAGACGUCCGCCUGUCCAAAGCCCUCUCCUAUGCUUUGCGCCACGGUGCAGACAAGCUGGGGUUACACAUGGAAUCUGAUGGCUUUGUGGACGUGACGGAGAUCCUCGGUUUGCCCCAGUUUAAAGCCUGGUCCCUCGAAGACGUGCAGCGUGUCGUAGAGACCAAUAACAAACAGCGCUUCGCCAUGCGCCCACACCCUUCUGGCGGGCACCUCCAGAUCCGUGCCAAUCAGGGGCAUUCGCUGCAGGUAUCUGAGCUGGAGCUGACCCCACUUCUGGACCCCUCAGACUUCCCAGAGACUGUGGCCCACGGCACGUACCUGCGACACUGGCCAGCAAUACACCGCAGCGGGCUCUCCCGGAUGGGAAGGACACACAUCCACUUAGCCCCAGGAUUGCCAGGGGGUGGCACCGUCCUGAGUGGAAUGAGGAACAACUGUGAGGUGGCCAUAAUAAUUGAUGUCGCAAAAGCCCUGGCAGAUGGAAUCGCUUUUUGCCGUUCAUCUAAUGGGGUCAUCCUCACACCUGGUGACCACAACGGUCUUCUGCCCCCUCGCUACUUCCGGGAAGCCCUGCAGCUUCGGCCUACGAGGUGUUUACUGCCCCUCGAAUGACUCCGUCCCGAGCCUGAGGCCAUGCCCUCUAGUGCCUUCUCUCUCCCGAGUCUCCAGUUGGUGCUGUGCGUGGAUUCUUUAUUCCCACACCAGAAAUCUAAGAAGGGAAAUAAAUAACGGGUUCUCCCUCUC